CGGAGAACUUUUGCUGUUUCAAAACAGAUCUAUCUAUCCAUCCAUCCAUUCGUUCGUUUCGCAUCACCACCGCUAUCCUCGCCAUGAGUAUCCAUAGACACAAAAACAGGACGCCCUUACACACAUCUGUCUGCCUGUCCGUCACCUGUCAUAUCGGUCCCACUCCCCGUCUCAAGCCACCAUGCCCUUCAUUGUCUCGAAGAAUUCCCUCUGUUCGGGAGACAGCUCACGUAGCAUCUGCACACACAAUGACAUGCAGGCAGUGAUCGUGCCGUGAGCCGUGUGUGCCCCUUCCUAGGUGGGUGGGUGUGUGCGUGCCUCGUCUGGUAUUUGGCCGAAGUCGGCGCCCGUCGCUUUCCACGCUUCCCUCAUAUUCUCCUUGUCCUGCAUGAAUGAGACACAUCCGCACCGCAACACUCGUCCGUCCAUGUGUGUCGGCCGGCGGUCAUCGCCGCUUCCUCUUUGCUUUCGUCGGUCACGCACCUGUUCUGUGAGUUCGCCCGAGGUCAUGACCUCCUGUAUCUCUCUCAUCAACGGCUCGACUUGCCGCCAAUCGAAAUCUAUAAACACAACACAGCACAGACCACACGAGGCAGAUGCACUGGCUGGUCAUGUAUUGUAUUGUGUUGUUGUCGUUCGACGAUGCACGGCGCCGCAGGGCAAGGCAAGGCAAGGCAAGGCACCGGACGCAGGUACGGUACCUUUGGUGAGUUUGGCGAGUGCUUCAAGGCUCUCUGCGUCAUCGUCGCCGAGCCCCUCGAGGCCGCCCCCUUCCUGCAGCUGCUGCAUGAGCUUGUUGAAGUCGCCCCCGCCCUCGCCACUCAUGAGCUUCAUCAGGUCACCCGCACCCUGCAUACAUCAAUCCAUCCAUCGAUACGCCCAAACACGUCAAAACACAUACAUCCUUUCUGUCUGGCUGGGCUGUAUAGUAAGUAUGUAUGUGUGAUGUGAUGUUUGCCUACGGGCAUUUGGGCCUGCAUCCGUGACCUCCAUGCCUGCUCUGACAGCUGCUGUGCCUUCCUGAAGACACACACGCCAACCAACAACACAACAAGCACCAUAAUAUGAGGCGACAGACAGACAGAACCACGCCUCUGCUCCCUCCCUCCCUCCCUCCCUUCAGGCACCUCAGCAACGUACCGUUCUGAUAUGCCGAAUAUGACUCUAAGCUGGUCGACCUUUGUGUCGUCCCUAUCCUCGUCGUUGCCGUCCAGACAUGCGAGCGUGUACCGCAGGUAGAGCGACUCGAGCCUGUUCCGCGGCGCACGGCCGCUGUAGACGACGGGCGUGAUGUUGACGUUGGACGCGAAGUGCAUGAACAGGUGGGCCGCUGAGUCCAUGUAGGCCGUCAGGGCAUCCAUCGCAGCUAGAAAAAGCAACGAAAGAAAAGGGGACGGACGAGAAGCCGUUCCAGUCAGUUUGCACCCCUUGUAUUGUAUCUGUCUGUCCGUCCGUCUGGCUCACCGAGUGUUGUGUUUCCCUCGAUCUUGAGUGCGUCGACGGCGUUUUCCACCAGCCUGGCCAGCUGCACGCUCACCGCCUCGGCGUAGCUCUCGGCCGCGUCCGCAUCGGUGAGAUUGAGCUCCCGCUGCAGCGCCCGCAGCAGCAGCAGCUUCUCCUCCAUCACAGGCGGCAAUGGCUCCAUCUCCUCUUCUUCCGCCUCACCCUCUGCGGGUGACGAUGAUGACGUGUCAGCUGAUGUCGCGUUGGCGGCGGCGGAAGUCUUGUUUUGUUGCUGUGAUGCUGCUGCUGUCGUGUUGACGAUCCCCUCGAUCGGUGCCUCAAAGAUGGGCGAGUCGAUGCCCAUGUUGGUCAGGGCUUGCAAGAGCUCGGGCGAGGGGGGCUCGGAGGAAUCCACCGCUGUCGCUGCUGUAUCGUUGACCGCCACCCCGCUCGCCACAGUCGUUUCUGUUGUUGUGGCGGUGCUGUUGUUGGCAGAGGGACGGGCAGCGUCGGCCUUCACGGCGGUCUCUUCCUUGGUCGGCAGCGGCUCAAGCUUCACCUCGGGCAAGACGAUCGUGUUUGCCUCCGGGAACUCGCCGGGCGGCGCGCAGGCCUCGAGCAGCUUAAAUGCAUAGAGCGCCAUGGUCUUGUGUGGCGCUGGGUCGCCUCCACUGAUUUCCUUGAAUGAAGAUGCCCGUAGGCCCUCUCUGGACCGCCUGAAGAAGCCGCUCAGCCACUUGCGGGGCUGGGGGGCGGCCGGGGGAGCCGAAGAGGGGGAGGGAGAGAGGGAGAGGGACUCGGCGAAGGGGGGUGCGGCAGCUUCUUGGGCAGUGGUGGAAGCGGAUGGCUCGGAAACACGCUCUGCAGCAGUCGGGUGCCAUAGAAGAAGACGUGCCUUCUGCGCUCGUCGUUCAUCGUCUGAUCGUCUUACCAAUUGCCAGCGUCGUCGGGUCGGCAUUGUUGACGGCUUUCCUCAGGUCCACCACGGGCGCAGGCGGGGCAUUGUUGACCUCCCUCGUCACCCACAACGCCUCCCUCGCCCGCUUCUCCCUCUCAAGCACACUUGAACGGCCACCAAACCUAUCAAACACAUCCUCACGCCGCGCGGUCAACGCCACGACGACCGCCACGACACUCGCAAACAGCACACCCUUCUGCCAGAGUGGCAGCGACUGCAUGGAAGGCCACAGGACGAAACGAAUCCACUCAGCUCCCCUGUAGGCCGGUGCCGGGGGCGGUGUUGGUGGCGAACGGCUGAACCAUCUCGCGUGGAGAGCCACGGCAGAUUCGCAUUCACCAUCAGAGGCAGAGGGCGAUGGACACAAUGGAUGAAGCGUCGUGCCGUGUUGCCUUCUUGGUGGUGGGUGAGGCCUGUGCAGGGCAAUAUGACGCUGGAGGGGGCGAGAUCUUCGGAGGGAGGGCGGGAUGAAGCCUGACGCGAUGGGUGGAACGAUGAGAAGGAUCAGCGGCAAGAUGGAUGGCAUGCGUGCUGGAGCUGACAUAGCCUGUCGUCCUGAUCGUUCUCCUCCUUCUUCCGUACCUUGGGAACG